AUGAAGUCUACCAUUUUACUGUUUGUUUCUCUGUUCUGUGGCCUGAUUUUGGCCCAAGAUGAUGGUAGUACUACUGAAACAGAAAAAACUAGUACACCAGGGCCAUGCUUUCCUGACAUGUGUGAUGUCCUGGAACAGAUAGGUGCCCUGAAAGAAAAACUCGACUCUGUGGAAACCAGACUGGCGGACAGUGAAACCAAACUGGCGGACAGUGAAACCCAGAUUCAGGAACUGAAGAACAAAGAAAGUACCAAGGUGCUGUUCAGCGCAGCAUCAGGAGGAGGAGAUGCAAACAUUGGACCCUUCAACACAGACACAACGUUAGUCUUCAGAAAAGUGAUAACAAACAUCGGUGAUGCUUACAUUCCAUUCACAGGUAUCUUCACUGCACCUGUUGCAGGUGUUUAUUAUUUUACUAUGUUCUAUCACGCUGGAGGAAGACAUGAUACAGGGUUGAAUCUUGUCAAGAACAAUGAAGACAUUGUCAAGACAAAUGAUCACCCAUCAGACGAUGACAGAGCUGAUAACGGAGGAAACGCUGCGUUCCUGCAGCUGCAGCCAAGAGACACGGUGUUUGUGCGCUUGGCUGCAUCCCUUUAUGUUUGGGGAACAGACUACCACACUACUUUCAGUGGUUUUCUGGUCACCCCAUUGUGAGAAUCUCUGUUCAUCGAUUUGUUCCUGCUUGAAGAUGGAUGUAAAAAAUUCCAGAUCGCCAUUCUAUCAUUAAAAUCUGAUGAAUCAGAAUGUUGUUGCUCAUAAAAUAAAGAGUCU